AUGGCUUGGCCGUGCAUCAGCAGAGUGUGUUGCUUGGCGCGGUUCUGGAAUCAGUUUGACAAAUCGGAUCUUUCUGUACCACUAACGAUUCAAAACUACUCGGACAUCGCGACGGAACAAGAGGUUCGUUCCGUUACUAAGCAGGUUCAGUCAGAGAAAGCUCAAAGGAACGACUAUCUCACACCGGAUCACCGAGAAUCACCGUCGUCGCAGGAUGGUGGAGGUAGAAAACCGGGUCGAGGGCGCACAGAACCGAGUUUCAAGCCUCGAGAGGACUAUCACCCCCCGGGUGUGCCUUUCCCUAGCGUCACGCAGUACAAACAGGACUAUAAACCCUGGCCCAUCCCUAAAAAGGACAAUUUCCCCUGGAUUACGAAUGGUGGCAAAGCAGGCACUCUCACGGAUAGCCCCGUAAACAGUUUCUCUCAUUCUACAAAUCAGCGAGCGGAGAAAGAAGAACGAGGCAGACAGAGGUGCGGGGAACCGACAGGACCGACUAAAACAAGCUCCUACAGGCAGGAAUACAGGCCUUGGACUGGUGUCCGUCCGCCCAGACCUGCACCGCGGAAAGAGCCUGCGUUCCUCAUCCCUGUCACAGAUGUCCCGCCCCCCGAGACAAGCUACCAGGCCGCCUUCAGUGGAGACACUCACAAACACAUAGAGAUCACCACGACUGACACCACAACCGGCCAACCAAGCGCCGGUAUGCCUGAAAGGCUGGAGCGUUUAGAACCCAGAGGCAGGACAGAGGAGCAGCUUGUGAGGACCAAACUGUCUCCAAACCCUUCUGCUGUCUUUCAGAGUGGUUCCAGGAUCUUCAACAUGUGAUCACUCCGUCUGUCUGUCUGUCUCUCUCUUUUCCGGAUCAUUCUGCCAAACUAACCCAGUGAGACAUAAUGACAAGGUGAAUGCUCAACGUCACACAAUGUGAAAUCUAUGCAAGGAAAUGUCUGUGUGUUUGAAAUGUACAUCCACUCAGCGUUCAAGUCUGUAAUGCUGUAACAUCUUCAGCAAGUCUGUAACACUGUCACGUCUUAAGAGAGAGUCUGUAACGCUGUAAUGUCUUCAGAGUCUGUAACGCUGUAACAUUUUCAGCAAGU